UAGAAUUACUUGCCAGACUUGAGGAGGAGGAUGAAGACGUUGACGGUGACACACCAGUUGAUGGAAAGAUUAAGAAAAUGGUGCAUUUAAUUGUGUCAUCUAUUGCAUUCGGAAUAUUUGGAGUGUUGCUUAUCUUCAUAGACGUGUCUCUCGUCGUUACAGACCUCAUUUUCAGUAAUAAAAUUGAUAUUCCUUUGGAAUAUCGUUCAGUUUCUCUAGCUAUUGCUUUAUUUUUUUUCAUGGAUCUUCUUCUUCGAGUAUACGUAGAAGGGAGACGGCAUUUUUCUGAUUUACUUAAUGUCUUAGAUGCUUUCAUUAUUGUGGCAAUUCUGCUGAUUGACAUCAUUUACAUUUUUUAUGAUGUCACAUUUCUUAGGAAUAUUCCCAGAUGGGCAGUUUUUUUCCGGGCUCUACGACUUAUCAUUCUAAUAAGAGUUUUUCAUCUGGCUCGACAAAAAAGGCAUCUUGAAAAGCUGACCAGGAGGAUGGUUUCAGAAAACAAAAGGCGAUACACAAAGGGUGGAUUUGACCUGGACCUCACUUAUGUUACUGAGCGUAUUAUUGCCAUGUCAUUUCCAUCUUCAGGAAAGCAGUCUUUCUACAGGAAUCCAAUGACGGAAGUUGUACGGUUCCUGGACACAAAGCAUCCAAACCACUAUCGAGUCUACAAUCUCUGCAGUGAAAAAGGUUAUGAUCCUAAGCACUUCCAUUAUAGAGUUUGUAGACUUAUGAUUGAUGAUCACAAUGUCCCCACUCUGUGUGAGAUGUUGGUGUUCUCCAAGGAAGUAGAUGAGUGGAUGGCUCAAGAUGAGGACAACGUCAUAGUGAUUCAUUGUAAGGGAGGCAAAGGAAGAACAGGAACUAUGGUUUGUGUCUCCCUUAUUGCCAGAGGAAUAUUUUUAACUGCAGAGGACAGCCUUUAUUACUUUGGAGCACGAAGAACAGAUAAAACCAGUAGCAAUAAAUUUCAGGGAGUAGAAACCCCUUCACAGAAUAGAUAUGUUGGAUAUUUUGCACAAGUAAAAAAUACAUACCAGUGGAAUCUUCCUCCAAGGAAAAUGCUGUUGAUUAAAAAAGUCAUCAUUUACUCAAUUCAUGGUGUUGGGAAAGGCAAUGGGUAUGACCUAAAAAUCCAAAUACACAUGCAACGGAAGGCCAUCUUUUCCUGUUCUUAUUCUGAGAACUGUAAGGUGCUUUAUGACAUGGAAUCAGACAGAGUAGUCAUACACAUCUUCAACUGUCCACCUCUGUAUGAUGACGUGAAAGUGCAAUUUUUUUCUUCCUCCGAUCUUCCUAAAUACUAUGAUGACUGCCCAUUUUUCUUUUGGUUUCAUACAUCUUUUAUAAAGAAGAACAGAUUGGCAGCAAAGACUGAGUCCUCAACCAAGCGGAGAGCUGUGUUCACGCUGCAGCCCCCCACCCCAACACACACUGUUCUCUGUUCCAACCACUACAUGGGUAACUGAUCUGACAAGCUUCCUGUAAUCACACCCAAGCAUGGGAAGGAGGUUAGGAGGAUCUUGGUAAAUAUGAAGGACAAAGAAUCUUCAGCAACUUCUUCUUUUGGGUAACAUCAUGAGUUUAGUCAAAGAAACAUUGGUUCUUAGAGUGAACUAGAUUUAUUAUUUUGAAAUCUACCACCCCUGCUCACAACCACCUUCACCUAGGCUUAGGGAAACUCUGUGAAGGAAGGGUGCCUUUUCACUGUAAGCAUCAAUUAGCCCUCUGUCCACAGGAAAUCAUGGCUACUUUCUUUUUGGUACUGUGCGCUGCUUUAUUCUAAGAAGCUUCACUGCCACUCUAUCUUCAGACGAGGAUUGUUAUUGAAAAGAGUUCUAUU